UUCAGUGUCUAUCCACGAGCAGAGGGGGACGGUCGCGCGCUCGCUAUGCUCUAAAAUAAAUACAUAAAUAAAUAAUCUUAGUGUAUUAAAAAAAAUAUAUAAAAAAAUAAAAAUGUUGGUAGUGUGGGGUCUUUUAGGUAUAUGUGUGUGCGUGAACGGUUUUGCUUUGCCGUUUGAAGGACUGUAUAAGCUGGAUAUUAUACAUUAUAAUGAUUUUCAUGCAAGAUUCGAAGAAACUUCAGUGGACACUCCAAGCUGUAGAUACAACAACAACUCCUGCAUCGGUGGUUUCCCUCGCCUCUACAAAGAGAUCCACACACUUUUAGAAGAGAAACCACACUCUAUAGUCCUGAACGCUGGAGACAGUUUCCAGGGAACCUACUGGUAUACCCUGCUGAAGUGGAAUGUUACCCAGGAGUUCAUGAAUUUGAUACCCCAUGAUGCUCAUGCACUAGGAAACCAUGAAUUUGACGAUGGGCCAGAAGGUCUGGCUCCAUACCUCAAAGCCCUCAAGGCUCCAGUCCUCGCAGCCAACAUGGACGUCAGCGAGGAGCCAAUCCUAGCAGGACUGUUCAUCCCACACAUCGUUCUGAAGAGGAAGGGGAGGAAGAUUGGAAUUAUUGGGCUGAUCACUCCUGAUACUGCGAAACUAUCAUCACCAGGCAAGGUGAAGUUCACUGACCCCAAGGAGGCAACUAAGCGUGAGGCUCGGGCGCUGUAUAGGAAAGGAGUGGACAUCAUCAUCUUACUGUCUCAUUGCGGCUUCGAAGCUGACAAGGAAAUAGCUCGUGACGCAGGAGAACACAUAGACAUCAUUGUGGGCGGCCACAGCCACAGUUUGCUCUGGAACGGCAAAGCACCUAGCGGGGAGAUUGUCGAGGGUCCCUACCCCAUGUUCGUUGAACCAACUGCUGAUAAGAAACAUGAGGUUCUGAUAGUCCAAGCAUCAGCCUUCACCAAGUACAUGGGGAACCUGACCGUAUACUUUGACUUCCGAGGGGAUUACGUCAAAUGGGAAGGCAACCCGCUGUACCUAGACCGGUCCAUUCUUGAAGAUCAAGUGAUAAAAGAUAAGUUGGCUCCGUAUGCGAAGAGAGUGCAUGAGGCUGAGAAUGUUCCCGUCGGUUCAACUGUCAACACCAUGCGGUUUGACGACUGUGUCUUCGGAGAGUGCACCAUUGGCAACCUGCUUGCUGAUGCCAUGGUUGAAAACGCUAACAACGCUACUUCGAACGACAUACAUUACAUGUCAUUUAUCCAACGAGGAAACAUUAAGGCAUCAAUUAUGGAAGGAGUGGUAACAGCAGGAUCAAUAUUCGAGCUCUUGCCAUUCAAUGAUCGAGUGGAGGUCUUCGACAUCCAAGGGAAGUACAUACGUCAGGCUCUGGAGAGGAGUGUCAUUGACGCUUGGGCUUACAAUCCUUUUAAGGGACCCUGGUUGCUGCAGGUUUCUGGUCUUCGAGUAACCUACAACGUCUCACUACCUGAGAAUCAUCGCAUCACCUCUCUAGAGAUCGGAGAGAGCAAGGAACCUCUUGAUGAUAACAAGAUAUACCAUGUCACUGCACCUUUGUACCUCGCUAAUGGAGGAGAUGGUUUUACCAUGUUCAAAGAAGGAAAGCAUAACGAAAGAGACAUUGGACGCGAUCAGAAGAUUGUAGAAGAAUACAUCAGAUCUCACUCUCCUCUCGACAUUCAACUGGACGGCAGAGUAAUAGUUAAUAGUUGACUGAUUUAAACCAAAAAAAAAAACAAACCAAAUUCAUAAUAAAUUUAUUGAAAUUAUACAUCUUACAUAUGUGAACAUUUCAACCAUUUGCGUGACGUCAUACAGUAUCUAAAACUUAAGUGUUAGAUACUGGAUGACGUCACAGCCCGUCAUGAAUAUGGCUCCCGAUGUAGCUUGAAACUUGACGAGCGUUCCUCGAAAAGCUCACUUGAGUAGAAUGUAUAUUUCAAUUAAAAUAAUCACACAGAUGAUUGAAAUAAUGGAGGGUUAACAUGUGCUCACUUUUUUAAAAGAUGCUCGAUGAGGCUAAGUUACUUUGUAACUGAGUUUGAUAGUCAACACUUUGGUCAGCGUAAUGAUGCCUCCAUUAUCUCAUUAUCUGUGGCCGCUCUUGAUACAGUGUGUUCUGUUUUAUUUAAGUGUCUAAUUGUGAAUUUAUUUAUGGUAAAGUAAAUAUUAUGGCGUGAUUUUAAAAGUUGAAUUGUGUAAAGAAGGUUUGUGUAUAAUUGAACAAAAGUAGCAACUAGGAACAUGAUAUGGAUAUAUAAAAAAUUAUAAAAUUAUAAACUUGAAGUUUUACAUUUUUUGAUUAAAAACUUGUCUAAAAAUCUAUUUGAACAAUCUAUGAAAUAAAUUAUAAAUAUAGUUAUUUUAUGCAAAUUAUUUUUUUAUUUUAAAUCAACACACUGUACAAGAGACGAUUUAGACACCCAAUUUUAAACCUAAUUACUUUAAUAUAAGGUACAUUAUGAUUUUAAAUGUUGUGAUAUCUAUCAUCUUUUGCUAUUGCAUCCUUCAUUAAGUCGCUGUCAAACAGUGCCUUAAAAUCUUUCUAUUUCAUUCCUAUUAUGUUUUGUCUCUUUCUAAUUCGUAAUUUAAAAAAGUCGUUAAAUUAAACGUAGAAUACUCUAUUAGACAAAUUGCAUACAAGCUAGUCGAAUUGAAAUUUAUAGAAAUGUCAAUGUAUAUGACAUUGACGUACGAUGAAUAUGUCAAAACACAUGUCAAUAUCACUGAUGACUUAUCUUUCCGACAUCCUUUCAAUAUAGGACUAGUAGAAAUUCGGCCCACUAUCAUCCCUAUAAAGUGGACUUCCCUUGGGUGCGAACGAAACGAUUCGAAUUCACGUUCCUAAUUCGUGCAGCCAGGGAAUGGAACUAUCUGCCGGCUUCUAUUUUUCCUGAGAAAUACAACCCUGUUCUUUAUCUGUAUUUCUAUGUAUGUGUGCUCCAUCUUCGGCCACAUCUUCGCUUUGCUGUCGUGGCAGUAGGCGGGUUGGUGGCCAAACACAGACUUACUUAUCAACGAUAAAAAGGAACCUGAUGGCCGUUUUUAACAACCACCCCUACACAUCUUUUAACUAAAAGUUACCAAAACUAACGCCAUACCGUUUAGUUUAGACCUCUUUAAUUAAGAGGUUGAUGUAAAUGCAGUGUAUGAGUUUUCUAUUCAAUUCGAUUUGAGUAUCGUAGUGUAAUACGUAUCUAUAAUAGCGAAUUUAAUUGUGAUCAUCUUUUUGUAGAUAUAAUGAUGAUUUUAAGUAAUUUUUUAUUCGUUUUUGGAGAAGUCGUGGUCAAGAAAUUAGCAAAGUUAAUAUCAAGAUGGACAAUUCUCUAAUAACUUCAUUUAUUUAAUUGGCUUUAGUUGAAAAAAAGUCAAGUUUAAAGUUAAAGCUUUGAUAUUAACUUUGGGCCGCGCUGAUCGCUUAUCAUCAGGCGACUUGUCUGCUCAUUUGCCACCUAUUCCACAAAAAAAAAAUAUAUUACAUAAUUUCAUCCUCAAUGAGGCACUUUUGAAACGUCAAAUUGAAUUGUCUGUCAGUCUUUGAAAUUAUGUGCUCGUUCCAAAAUGUUACUUUGAAUAGAGCAAGAAAAUCCCAUUGUGGCUCUUUAAAAAAAGAGGCUGGCACUCCAUCUGUUAAUGUAAUUUAAACCAUGUGUGUUAACAAUUAAGAAAUAAUUUAGAAUGUGUUGUCAUCUUCAAUGUUAAUAAUAAUUAGUUCUAAGAAUUUAAGACAUUUUUUUUAAAUUUAUAUUUUAAUAAUGGGUGCCAUUCUUGCUUAGGCGCAUCGUUUAUGUUUAAACGAUUAAAAAUGUUUUUUUUUGUGUAUAUAAAACUCAUAAUAAAACAUACCUACGUCUUAGUAAGAAAAUAAAUUAUUAUUUAGAAAUUA